AUGGCUUCCAACUUUACACACUCAGCUAUGAAGGUUAUUAUAGACACCGAUGUCGGUGGCGACGACAUGGUAGGGCUUUUGAUGGCUAUGGCCGCAGCUCCCAGCAUAAUGCAAGUCAUUGCGAUUACAACAGUGUUUGGGAACGUCAACGUGGAGAAGUCUCUGAGGAACGUUGUAGCUAUGUUCUAUAUCCUUUGGAAAGAAAUGGCUUGGCGAAAUAGCAAAGACAGAAGGUUUUCCUACGGAGCAUUUCAAAGCUUCAAACCGGUUGUGUCGCUGGGAUCGGGUCAUGCGCUAGGCCAGCCAGUUGUGGUUAAAACGAAUGGACGUCCAUACGGUCAAGACGGUUUAUGGAACUUCCAUGCAUUGUACCCGGAGUUCACACCUGACGACUCUUGGAAAUCGCUCUUUGAUGACAGCGUCCCCCCUCCAGAUAACCAGCCCGAGUUUUAUCAGUACUUCAAUGCCUCGCGCGCGCCAUCUCACCUCGAUAUUCUUCGUAUUCUUAGGGACGAGCCCGCAAACACCAUCACCCUCAUUGCUCUUGGCCCUCUCACAAACAUGGCUCUGGCCGCUGCAGAAGACCCAGAGACCUUUUUGCGCGCUAAGGAGCUUCUGAUUAUGGGUGGUGCUAUAUCUGUGCCAGGCAACAUAUCGCCCGUAUCGGAAGCCAAUGCAUACAAUGAUGCAGCGGCAGCCGCGCGAACGUAUACCCUGACUAGCGCAAACCUGGCAUCUACAUUUCCAACAACUGAUUUCAGCAAAGUACCGCUCCCAGCUUACCCAGAUCGACUCUCGAAGCAAUUGAAUGUUACAAUCUUUCCCAUGGACCUCACAAACAGUCACUGCAUCACCUACAAUACCUUUCUUAAUACAGUAAAGCCCCUAGCUGAUGCUGGGAGCCCCCUCUCAACGCUGGCUUAUACCUUUAUGAAAGGCAUACAUGACAACUGUGAUAAAGACUGCAUCUUUCUGCCAGGCACCAAUGAAGAGUGUAUCACGCUACACGAUCCGGUACCCGUCUGGUAUGCGCUCGGAAGGGACUUCUGGAACAUAUCAGCGCCUAAGGACCUCCGCGUGGAGAGCUUGGGGCAAUGGACGAAGGGGAUGCAUGUUGAGUACCAGAUUAACAUGACAGCAGAGGCAAACAGCCCCCUGAGCCCAGGCACUCGUCAAGGAAAUCGUGUCCGUCAAGCGUUGGAGAGUCCAGGUCGAGACGAGUUCCAGAGAAUGAUCAUGUCGCUAUUCACAAAUUGA